CAUUAGAGUUCGAUUUUUCCGAGCCUCUUCCCGUGGGGCCUGGCUUGCGUGAAAUCUUUUUAAACCGAUUAGAUAAUUUUCGAGAAAAAUCGUCAUGAUUCGUUUAAUGAUUGUGUGGCAUUUGGGCGUUUUUUUGGUCUUUUUGGGUGGUUCCCAGGGACAAACCACGCAAAAUAUUAACGUGUUAUUCGUCAACGAAGAAGGCAACACGAUCGCCGACAAAGCCUUAGAGGUAGCUCUCACCUACACCAAGAAAACCACCAAGCUCGGUUUGAGCGUCAACUUGGUCCGGGUUGUGGGCAAUCGCACAGAAUCGGCCGGCAUUCUAGAAUCUCUUUGCAAGCGAUACGGUGAAAUGCUAGAGUCCCAAACUUAUCCCCACCUCGUACUGGACACCACUAAAACUGGGAUAGCGGCUGAAACCGUCAAGUCAUUCUCGUCAGCGUUAGGUUUGCCGACGGUGACGGCCUCUUACGGCCAAGAGGGCGACUUGAGACAGUGGCGCAACUUGAAGGAGAACGAGAAGGACUACUUGGUGCAGAUUUCUCCUCCGGGGGAUAUCAUUCCCGAAUUGGUCCGCACGCUUGUGCUGAAUCAAAAUAUCACCAACGCUGCCAUUUUGUUUGACGAUUCGUUCGUGAUGGACCACAAAUACAAAUCACUACUUCAGAACGUCGCAACGCGUCACCUGUUGGACCAAAUCAAUGAAGACGACAAGCAGAUCGGACUGCAGCUCAGGGACCUCACCAAACUGGACCUGAAAAACUUCUUCGUCCUGGGCAGCCUCGGUAGCAUCAAGAGGGUCCUGGAAGCGGCCAUGCUGGAGAACCUGUUCAACAGGAAGUUCGCUUGGCACGUCAUCACUCAAGAUAAAGGCGAUCUGAAGUGCAACAUAAAAAACGCCACCAUUUUGUUUGCGAGGCCGCAGAUAGACGCGGUGUAUCAGGACCGGCUCGGCACGAUCAAGACGUCGUUCCAGUUGAAUGCCGAGCCUGAGAUUGAGGCCGCGUUCUAUUUCGAUUUGGCGUUGAGAUCAUUUCUGGCCGUCAAGGAAAUGCUGACGGAUGGCUCUUGGAAGAAAAACAACGUGACAAAUUUCGUCACGUGCGACGACUAUGACGAAAAAAACAGUCCCAAACGUUACGGAUUGGAGUUGAAAAAGUAUUUGGAAAAGGAGAGCACGGAGCCCCCUACCUACGGUCCAUUCAAAAUAGUCUCCAACGGUUUGUCCUACAUGGAGUUCCAGAUGGCCCUUGCAGCCGUCUACGUCCGUUCCGGGUCUUCCGACAAGUCGCUGAACUUGGGAGUGUGGCAGGCCGGUUUCGAUAACAAUCUUACCCUCAACAACCCCAAGGUGAUGGCCAACUACACUGCCGAUGUGGUGUACAAGGUCGUGACAGUGGAGCAAAAACCCUUUAUAAUAAGAGACGAGAAGGCACCGAAAGGGUUCACGGGGUACUGCAUCGACCUCAUCGAUGAAAUUGCGGACAUUUUGCAUUUCGACUACGAGAUCGAAGCAGUCUCCGAUGGGCUGUUCGGUAACAUGGACGAAAACGGUAAAUGGAAUGGGAUUGUCAAGGACCUGAUGGACAAAAAGGCCGACAUCGGCUUGGGUUCCAUGUCCGUGAUGGCGGAACGGGAAAACGUCAUCGACUUCACGGUCCCCUACUACGACCUGGUGGGCAUCACUAUUCUGAUGAAGGUGCCAGAAACGCCAACAUCUCUGUUCAAGUUCCUGACGGUGCUCGAGACGGAAGUGUGGCUUUGUAUUCUCGCUGCCUACUUCUUCACCAGUUUCCUCAUGUGGGUGUUCGACCGUUGGUCGCCGUACAGCUACCAGAACAAUCGGGAGAAGUACAAGGACGACGAGGAGAAGAGGGAGUUUAAUCUAAAGGAAUGUUUGUGGUUCUGUAUGACGUCUUUGACACCCCAAGGUGGCGGCGAGGCUCCCAAGAACCUGUCGGGUCGAUUGGUGGCUGCGACGUGGUGGCUCUUCGGUUUCAUCAUCAUAGCGUCCUACACAGCUAACCUGGCCGCGUUUCUCACCGUUUCCAGAUUGGAUACGCCUAUCGAGUCCCUCGACGACCUGUCGAAGCAAUACAAGAUCCAGUACGCGCCGGUGGAAGGAGGUUCGACGAUGACCUAUUUCCAGAGGAUGGCUGACAUAGAGGCCAGAUUCUACGAAAUCUGGAAAGACAUGAGCUUAAACGACAGCCUGUCCGACGUGGAGAGGGCAAAGCUGGCCGUAUGGGACUACCCUGUUUCGGACAAAUACACGAAAAUGUGGCAAGCUAUGAAAGAGGCCGGUCUGCCGAAAACGCUGGAGGAAGCUGUGAGCAGGGUGAAAAAGUCAAUGUCCACCUCUGAGGGGUUUGCCUUUCUCGGCGAUGCGACCGAUAUCAAAUAUCUAGAGAUGACCAAUUGCGAUCUGACCAUUGUCGGCGAAGAGUUCUCUCGCAAGCCCUACGCCAUAGCCGUGCAACAAGGUUCGCCGCUCAAGGAUCAGUUCAAUACGGCGAUCCUGCAGUUGCUGAACCGACGCGAGCUCGAGCGACUGAAGGAGAAGUGGUGGAACAAGAACCCAGAGAAGAGAACUUGCGAGAAAGCCGACGAUCAGUCGGACGGUAUCAGCAUCCAAAACAUAGGCGGCGUGUUCAUCGUGAUUUUGGUGGGGAUAGGUUUGGCUUGCGUCACCCUCGCUUUCGAGUACUGGUGGUACAAGUACCGGAAAAACACCAAGAUCACCAACAUCGCGUCAGAAAUGCCGCGCCACCACCACACACACAAACAAAUCAGGGUCAAGGGCAGCGAUAACGUUCUGGAUCAGGGGAUUAUUUUGAAAACGAAUAAGCUUUAUCCGAAGGGGCGGUUUUAAGUUGGGGGGUUAUGGGGUGUGGGAAGAUUUAAUGCGAUAAUUGACGGAGCUAGGUAAGGGUGAUUCAGGAACAUGUACCAAAAAGUUUUUACGCAAAUUGACGUUCGGUCAUUUCUUUUUUAAAUUUAGUAUGCUGUAGUCCAUAGACCCGAGUUUAACGUUUCGGAUGCUGAGAGCCCAAACAAAGGAAGUAUCUUACCAGUGUCAUUAAUAAGAUUAAAAGUAGAGGAAGUAAGUAUGCUAAGGAUUGAAAAUUGGACAAUCAACUGGCCCAGGAAAUAUUCCAAGAGAACUUCUCAAAUAUGGAACUGUAUAUGGAUCUGAAGAUAGUGUUUCGGAUGUGCAUGAACAAUUCGGAAAUCCCUGAAAAAUGAGACAAAAAAUAAUGUGAGAACUAUUGGAGUUUCGUUGUUACCAGCUCAGUAAAUAGUGUAUAUGGAAAAGUUCAUGGAGUUCCAGGAUAUGAGAGCAGAAGAAUAAGCAGAAAUUAAAUCACAUAUUUCUCAUAAUACAACUAAUAAAGAAAAAAUCUAAUAUCAAUGUGGAACUCAUUAAAGCUGUAAAGACCCUGUAUGAACAACCGGUAAUGAAGAUCAAACUAGGAAAAAAAACAACACUGCAUCAAAGGGCAGGCUUUGAAAAAUUGGAACACAAAAAUGCCAUACUAUCGACGUACUCUAUGUACACUAUGUUUUGCUGAUGAUGAAACCUCAAGACUACGAUGAUUUAAAUUACAUGAGACGAAAACUUGCCGAACAGUACAAAUUGUGGUGCCUCGAAGUAAACACAACAAAAACAUAAUAUAUGGGGAUAAAAUGAUCUCUUACUCGAAAAUGGAGAUGCCAUCAAGUACUCCAAAUUUGAUAAAUAUCUCAAAGGAUGGAAAACUCCACAAAGUCCAACUAGCAAUCAAGCAAAUGAAACACGGAAAGGCUUCUGAAACUUUAACAUUCUUUAGCGACACUGCAAUAUUUUCAACCGCAUUUGUCAAACAGAUAAAAUCUCAAAAAACUGGCUGAAAUCAGAAUCUAAAACGUUACCUACCAUAUCAGCGUCAAAGAAAUGCGACGAUUAUAGGAUUAUUAGUCUCAAGAGUCACUUACUUAAAUUAUUCAUGAAGAUCAUUCAUAAAAGAGUAUAUCACGCAAGUGAACAAUACAUGUUGCAAGCAUGGCUAUCGAUAUAUAAAAAAUGUCACCCUUUAAAAAAAAAUACUUUUAGAUUAAAAAGAUCACACAAGAAGCAAAACCCUUCCACAAAAAAAUUGUCAAAAAAUUGGGGUUUUUAUUAUUUUGUCCAGCUUUGAACUUUGAGCACCGAUAUCUCGGAAGGAGAUCUACAAUUUAUUACAUUUUUGAAAAAAUUGCUAGAAAGUCAUUUUACGCAAAAAUAUUGUGGGCUCCUUUAGUUUUAAGUUUUUUACACUCGAGCAUUCGCAGGCAAAAUCAAAUAAAUCUCCUUAGAAGAUGUGGAAUGAGACAAGAAUAAGGAAAAAAUACUUGGUUGCUUAUUUAACAAAGCGCCAUGUUUCUGAAACACCCUAUUGAUACGAGGAUUCUGUUAUCGUAAUUAUGUUUCCACAAUUUAGGGGGGAUUUGGAGCUUUAGUAAAUUUUCUAAUGCAUUAUAAAAUGACGUAAAAUAUUUUGUCAAAGAAUAGAAAAAGUUCUGUUUCCAUUUAGUUCUAAAAAUCAUUUUCCAAUAACUGUUUUUUUAUAUUUGUAAUAACUAAACAAUUAUUACAAUUUGAGACGACAGUAUAAAACACUGCUUUUAGGUUUUUUAUUUUAUGAUUAUCGUUUAAAACAUCAGUUUGAUAACUUUUAGUUGAUUUAACUUUUCGUUUUUUUUUUACAUUUUUUCUUUUAGGUACUCAGAAAAAUAAAUCACCCUCUGUAUAACAGUGAGUCAAUUUAAUGAUAACUAUUAACAUAAGUGUUUUAAAUGCGUGUUGGUUGUUUUACGGAAUAGCCAUUUUUCACAAGUGAUUCUAUGAACCAUGAACCUUAACUAUAUUCUAUUUCUAAAUGGUCCGGAUUAAUAAGACCUCGCCGAUAAUUAACAAUGUUAAACAAGAGUCGCUGUCAAAUUAUCGAUAUAUAAUCGAUAAAACACAUUAAAAGCUUCUACAGUUUAGAAAUACACUGAAAGAUCUUAAAUAAUGAAUUGCUUUGUUAGAACAAUAGCAGGUGCCCUAUAUAAUCUAUCUUGAAAAUAUCACAUUUGGUAAAUACCAGAAAUCUUUGGUUAAGUAUAAUAUUAAUUUUGAACUCCUAACCUUAAACUUUAUUGGGCCUCUGUCGAUUGGAACAAUCUCUUUAUAUCGCAAAGACAAUAGAAAAAAAAUAAUUCCGAAUAAUUAAAAAAUAGUAAAGAUUUUUUUCUAUUUGCGAAUAUAUUAAUUUCAUCAAUAAGUAUUUCUUGACUCACUCCGUAUAACUAUAAAUAUUUUUAACCUUCGAAAUCAACGGAAUUCACGUAGACAUCUUCCAUUGCUAAUAAACUCUUUUUUGGGACUCUAGCAUUUAAUCAUCCUUCAUUCUUCUGUCCGUCCAGCUUUCGUGUUCUAAACCCAGUUCUUCCGUAAAGGUUCCCUUACUUCCUCGUUGUAAGGCUUUGUUCAGAAUUUGAUUCUCUUUCAUUCGUUGCAUUUGCCCAUACCUGAGCAGUUUGUUUCUAUUCUAUUUCUAUUUCAUCGAACAAGGUAUUUUUUACGUGCAACAACUUCAUUUCGUAUUUGCCCUAAUCUAGAGAAUGAGUCAGUCCUGCAUGAUUUUAUUGACCAACCUCAGUUUAGCAACCUAUCGUCUCAUAUAUUUUCUUUAUUAUGGUUUUCCUUUUAUAUUCCUAUUUCAUAGAUUACGGUAUAGUUGUCUGAUAAUUGUUUAACCUUGCUUUAUUUUCCUUUAAUCAUCCUGUGUAACUAUUACACCUAAAUUUUUGUAGUGAGUUAUACAUCCAAUUUUUUUCCUUCAAUAAAUUUUCAAACCAUAUAUCUGACUUUUUUUAAAUUGAAAUUUAUGUCGAUACUCUUACAUUUCUUCAUCCAUUUACAUAGAUCUUGCUCCAAAUGGUGUCGAGAAGAUAUUACACGCUCUUUCCUUUUCGCUUAUUUCUGUGUUCUCUUUAUGGCUUCUGUGUUCUGGUUACUAGUUCUUUCCUGUCCCAUUGCUUGCCAUAACUUGAAUGAGGUACUUCUAUCGGGAUAACACAAUUGAUUAGUUCAAUAUGAAUAUCUCCCGGCCCUGAAGAUUUAUUAUUUUUCAUCCUGUUUAGUACCCGCUUAAUCUCUUGUACACCGAUUCGAUUUAAACUCUUUUGAUUCUUUCAUCACUACGUACUUCUGCUACAAAUCCGGAUUAAUUAAAACCGCGAUGAUGCGAAUAAAUAAAUAAUUCAGAUGACUGAAGCGAGCAAUUAAAAUAUGAUACAAACGUAAAAAAUAUUCAAAAGAAAAUAUUUCGUUGAACUGUACAUUAUUUUGUGAAAUAAAUUGCAAUUUUGAUUUGCUUGAAUGUUUUAUCAUAAAAGCUGUUUCUUUUAAUCUUUGAAGUACAAGAACAUCAUUUAGGGAAACAUUAUUUUCCUCUUUUAACUGCCGCAUCAUUCUUAACAUUCUGGUUUGUAUGAUUUAAUUCUGAAAUUCAUUGUCACUCCCAUGUUGUUCAUCUGCAACACCAUAUAUGUCUUCCAGUGGUAAGAAAUCUUCAUCACACUCAAGCCAAUUAUAUAUUUCCAAGAUCCUAAGAUUUUGGUCAGGGAGAGCAUUCAGCAUAUCUGAACCAUCUCUAAAUACACAUGAAUUAACAAAAAAGCAAGUAAGUUUCUUCCUUACAUUUCUUCAUUAGAAGAAAGCAUCGCAAUUCACUGAGGGGAAUCAGAUCUUCAGCGUCAAAUUCAGUGUCUGAUUUGGUAUUUGCAAUGUGAGCCAUAAUAUUAUGCCAGCACGUCUUCAAGACUUCCUGGGAUACUUUAUCCCAAGCAUUGCAUAUGAGACAUACAGCGUCCACCAUGUUGUUUUCUUCUUUAUUACACAAAAAAUAUGGCCAGAGACAGACUUUUAGGAAAAAAUAAGUUUUGUCAGUUUGUCAUCGGCACUUAGCAGCCUCUUCAGACAAAUUUAAAUGACUUUUGACUUAAUAAAUAAAAGAUUCAUAGAACCAAAAUACGAAAAUUGCUGUAGUCAUUCAUGCAUUGGCAGAUGAUUUAAUAUUCAACAACAAUUUCUGUGAAACGUCAGCAAUGACCUGGUGCAGUCUUCUCCUGAGAAUGAAUCAACGUUUUAUCAGGCAGCAUUUUCGAAUAUAUCUGCGUUUUAUAUCUGUAGAAUUCAGUAAAAAAACUUUGUCAGGUAAAAUUUCGUAAGAAAUUCCGUUAUCGUUGCUUACAGAACCAUAAAAACAUAUGUGUUUCCAUUCUGCAGCUUAUCGUAAAGUUUUUCUAGAGACACGACCGCAAUCACAUUUGGCAUCUAAAUCUAAAUGCCCAUGGCACAUUGACAUUUUGAACUAAACAGUUAUGCAAUUAAUCUUCAGACGCCACAUGUGGCACGUAAACCAAAAGCUUAUGUGAAUCCCCUGCCAAAUUUAAGAAGUUAGGGGAAUCCCCUGCUAGUAAUUUCAGUUUUCCUAUAGAUAAUAAAUAGUUUUAAUUAAGUAGACAUUUUAAAUGCAGAUUCCGAUUAUAUAAACAAUGCAAUUGAAAGCCCCGAGUUAUCGAAGAAUCCGGUUUAAUGGAGAUCCGCAUUGUUGAGACGGUACUGUAAGCACUUUAUGGGUAGGCUUUCCCCUAGGAUAUUCUUUCCAUUGCAGUGUUCUACUUAUUGAAAGGAUACGUUUUCUUUUCCAAGCUACGUCGAAAUUGCGCCCAGGAUGGAUAUUUCUCAUUUUUCUUGAAGAAAAAUAGAAUCCUCCGUAUUUAUUACUCUCCACCAUUUAGGAAUAGACUUUAGCAAAGGGUGUGUACGCACAAUUUUACGGGUAGUUUGACGUCUGUAAGUGUUCAAAAUAAAUUAUAUUAAAAUGUU